CUACAAAUAAUCACCAUGCGUUUAAUAUCCGAGAUACUAGACAGCAAACACUUGCGACCUGAGAGCAGACGCAAACCCCGGCGGGCUUUUGGUGCAAAACAGCUCUGUCUUCUAGUAGAGACUCAUUGCCAGGGGCGCUGGGACGGCAUGGCCUGCCCAAUCCGGAGAUCUGUCUAAUAUAAAACAGAAUGCAAGACGUCAAGGUA